CGAUAGGGAUACACAUGUGGAGUUCUUUUGUCCACAAAAAAUUAUCACAACUCUCCCCCAAUAUCACCACCACUCGGCGGUUUUGAAAAUUGACGACUCCAAUUUUCAUCUAUCUGCAAGUUUUUAUUUAUAAAAGUAAUUUUCAUAGCUGCUCCUAUAAUCGUUGCUUUGUUGCUCUUAUCAUUGCUGCUCGCUGCUUCUAUUUAUUGGUUCCCAGCACGGUUAGUCAUGAAUUUGUCUUCCUGUUUUUUAUGCCAUCUUCGAUUAUUUAUUUCUCAAAUUUUAGAGAAUUUUCAUUAUUGGUGUUUUGAAAUUGUUUUUUUUAUAGAUUUAGGAGUUUCAAAUUGAGAUAGAUUCAAGCUUCAAUUUUAUUUUCAAUUAAAGUUAUAGUUAAGCUUCAAUUCAUAUUUGCAUGUGAUUUUCUUUUACUCUGUGGUUGUUUUUGGAGAUAUCAUUCUCUCGAUCUAACUUAAGUUCACUUAGUUUCAUGUCUUGGUAUAAUAGGUCUGCAAUUUUUAGUUUUAAAAUAUUUUUUUAGUUGAAAAAUUGUAACUUUGGUAAAAUUCAUGUAGCGAUGGUACCGAGGUUACUGUUUAGAAUUCAUUUUAGAAAUCUACUGAACAUGUACUAUAUUCUAGGGCUCUCUGUAGAAUUCAAUUACUGUAUUCACAUUUUUUACUGAUUCUUGGUUAAGCUCCUGAUUAUUUUUGUUUGGUAUGAUUUUUUAGCAUUCAUAUGCUUUCCUUGUUAUUAUAUUGGGGAUCUUCUUUGGAUUCAAUUGUUAUUAAAACAUCAAUUUCUGCCUUUUUCGGUAAUAAGCAAAUUAUGGUUUUGAUCUUUCUUCAAUUUGUAUUACACUCUGGAUUUCACAUAUGUAUUUAAACUAUUUAUUACCCCCUCUGUCCAUAAAUAAACUUCUCGUUCACUAUUCACAGGAUCAAACUUUAUUCACUUUGUUGGCAUAUUUUUGUGUCCUAUUUGAUAAAACAAUAUAGUCAUGUCACCUCUAGUUUUGUAGAUAUUUUAUGUAGUUUUUUAAUAUGUAAUUUUUAUUUUUUAAUUCUUUACUAUUUUUCAUACAAAAUGAUUUAAAAAUAACUUCAGCCAAACAUCAUAACGCGCAACGAGAAGUUUAUUUUUGGACGGAUGGAGUAUUUGUUUACCUAUCUUUAUUCAGUUUAAUAUCUACCUAAAUGCGUCUUGUGUUUAUUAUUUAAGCUAAUUGAGCUGAGAGUGUUAAAUUCUACUUAGAGUGAUAUUAACGCCGAUUGAUUUUUGUCUAUCGGGUGGUGUUGGUUUUUACUUCUUAAUGAUAAACUUACACUCCAUAUAUGUUUUUUUAUUCGUAGUUAAUAGAAAUGAUCAUUAACUUAACAAGUCUUAUCCCUUAUAUUAUAAGUGCCUAUAGCGUUUUUGCUCUAUUAGUGUAGUCCUUUUUCCCUACCGCACUUUGGAGGUGGCCUACCUGGAUAUGAUCGCCCUUCCGAUCUUGAAAUGAAAUCGUCAUUUGCUUUCUUACCAGGAAGCAACAGAAAAUCUUCCUUGAGGGUGGCUAUUGUUUCAACUUCAGUUACAUUUGGUGGGAUUAUACUUGCAAUUGCAAUCUUAUGUCUUUUGAGAUUGAAACUACUCGCCAAAAGGGAAUAUGAGAUGCAGCCUUUAAGUGCAGCAGACUCGAUUGGCAUUUCCAGCAUGUCCUCCCGGUAUGAUUUUGAUACAAUUAAAGUCAUAACCAAUGAUUUUGCUUGUGAAAUUGGGAGCGGUGAAUUUGGUUGUGUAUAUAAGGGCAAGCUUCCUACGGGGAAGGAAGUGGCCGUGAAAAGGCUCUCAGAAACCUCCCAACAAGGGGUUGAACAGUUCAUAAAUGAAGUUGAAAUCCUCCUGAAGCUUCAACACCAAAAUCUGGUUCGGUUGCUGGGAUACUGUUGUGAGGCUACAAAAAAAUUACUUGUUCAUGAGUUUGUCCCCAACAAAAGCCUUAACCUCUUCAUAUUUGGUCGAGACCACCCUAAUUUGGAUUGGCCAACCCGAUUCAAGAUCUUGAAAGGAAUCGCACGAGGGAUGCAGCUAUACCUUCAUGAAGAUUCUUGUGUGAAAAUUAUAAACAAAGAUCUAAAGGCGUCCAACAUACUACUGGAUUCAGAUAUGAAUCCAAAAAUAUCAGACUUUGGGUUGGCCAGAAUCUUUCCAUGUGAUCAAUCGGUACGACGUACGGAUGGAAAGGCUGGAACCUGCUCUCUGAAACCUCCCAACAAGGGGUUGAACAGUUCAUAAAUGAAGUUGAAAUCCUCCUCAAGCUUCAACACCGAAAUCUGGUUCGGUUGCUGGGAUACUGUUGUGAGGCCACAGAAAAAAUACUUGUUUAUGAGUUUGUCCCUAACAAAAGCGUUAACCUCUUCAUAUUUGGUCGAGACCACCCUAAUUUGGAUUGGCCAACCCGAUUCAAGAUCUUGAAAGGAGUCGCACGAGGGCUGCAACUAUACCUUCAUGAAGAUUCUUGUGUGAAAAUUAUACACAAAGAUCUAAAGGUGUCCAACAUACUACUGGAUUCAGAUAUGAAUCCAAAAAUAUCAGACUUUGGGUUGGCUAGAAUUUUUCCAUGUGAUCAAUCGGUACGACGUACGGAUGGAAGAGCUGGAACCUGGGGGUAUAUGCCCCCUGAAUAUUGCAUGUCCGAAAGACUCUCUGUGAAGUUUGACGUUUACAGCUUUAGGGUUCUUAUCCUAGAGAUUAUUUCUGGUAAGAAAAUUUAAAGCACCCGCGCAGCAGGAGAAGGCCUUCUUAGCAAUGUGAGUAGAUGUACAUUUUAAUAAUAAACGAACACAUCUCACUUUCUCCCCUAGCUAAUUAAUCCCAUUUGUGAUUCUAUCUUUUCUUAAACAAUAUUAUUUGCACUAUAAAUAACGUGUUUUCUGUUCUAAUUCACACACACACACACACACACAAAGAAAUUAAAGGUCCUUAAUUAAUUCAAAGUUAUGGAUGCUCUUAUUAUAUGACAAUUGACCUAUAAAUGUAUAUUGAAAUAUCAUCAUCAUAUAAAUUAUUUGAGGCAUGGGAUAGUUGGAUGGAUGGAGAGCCCUUAGAGAUUGUAGAUCAAGCUCUAGGCCAAUCUUAUAAAGCUGAAGAAGUCAUCCCAUGGAUACACGUUGGGUUACUGAGUGCGCAAGACGAUGUAGACAAAAGACCAACAAUGCAAGAAAUUUUGUUUAUGGUCACCAACUAUUCAAGUCGUACUUGGGCAGUACCGUGUCAACCACCAUUAUAUCAUGGUCAACGCCCCAAUGAGAGAGAUUAUUAUUCAUGAGCUUCCAUCGACGACGAUUGAGCUUACGUCCUUGGCAUUUUUAACACCACGCGAAAGCUUUACCACAUAACAUUUUCGUUCUAUAUUUUGUACGUGUGUGUUCUGAUAUGAUAUGUAUCCAAACAUACAUUGAAUUUAAUUUGGUAUAUGUGGAAUUCUUUUUGCACGUAUGUUAUGUGGUAAAGCUUUCGCGUGGUGUUAAAAAUGCCAAGGACGUAAGCUCAUGAAUAAUAAUCUCUAUCUCAUUGGGGCGUUGACCAUGAUAUAAUGGUGGUUGACACGGUACUGCCCAAGUACGACUUGAAGCUAGAGGUAUUUAUCGGUGAAAAAGUAUUUUUGUGUGACGUUACUAGUACUCCAUAAAAGUUGCAAAGUUUUGUGAUUUCAUAUAUUGAGUUCUUGAGAAAACAGUGAAUAGUAUUUUUAUAUGGAUCUUUUGAAAUGAAAGUAGAAAAGUCUG